UCCAUGUCUUUACCUGCGUAAGGGAAUACCUCAGUUUAGGGAUUCACUUGCUCAACUUGUCCACUUAAACUGCCUCAGCAGCUAUUUGCUAUGUUCUUCCAUUUCACCUUGCUCUGCCCGCCUUUUGAAAACGUAUUAAUGGAAGGUGGCGCACCUAUGAUCCAUUUUUUCCAGAAACCUUCUCCUGGAGCACACGGACCGGGCCAGUGUUGAAAAGGGAAGGGACACUUUCAACUCAUCCAAUCCUGACUUUCGCGUGUGUGGCGCCACCUUCGGGCUGCUGCUGGAAGAACUCCUGACAAAAGUUUUCUUUCCCUCACCCGUGCAGUUUAGAAGUUGUAGAGAGCAGAGUGUGAGCCCCUGAAGUGACAUGCUGACAUGCCGAGCAGUACCCGCCUUCCUCUGCUUGUUCAAAUAAGAGGCAACAAGUUUAAGCAGCUGAGCCCAGCAUCUCCUGGUGCGAUCGCGGGGAGGGCCCGGAGGAGAUGCUUUUAAAAACCUUCCCUUUCCCAUCACGAUCACCUCAACUCAAUAAAGGCAACCUUUCUGGGGGAGGAUCGUCCAUGCUCCUUGGGGCAGCAUGGCGGCUUGUGGCGUCCAGCUUCCAUACAGUGAUCGCAUCAUCCCAGAUCGAGGAGCUUUAUAAUCUUGCGAUCUGACUCGCUGCACUUUGCGCAGGUUUUAACUCGCUGCAGACUACACACAAUCUAUAAAAGGCAAAAAAAAAGUUGGAUGGAAGGCACGAUGCAGGCUAACGCCGGGCUGAUGUGGGUUGUUGUGAGUAUAGUUGUACAAAGCGUAACCUCCAAGGAGAAUAAUCUCCGAGACACGGGACAAUGUGAACUUCCCAAGUCGCAAAGAGAAAUGAACUCGUUCCUCUGGACGAUCCGACGCGAUCCUCCGGCUUAUUUAUUUGGGACCAUUCACGUCCCUUACACCAGGGUCUGGGAUUUCGUGGCGGAUAACUGUAAAAGGGCUUUCCAGCACAGUAACAGUGUGUACUUCGAGCUGGACCUGACCGACCCGUACACCAUCUCAGCCCUGACCAGCUGUCAGAUGCUGCCCCAUGGGGAGAACCUUCAGGAUGUACUUCCCAGAGACCUGUACAGGAGACUGAAGAGGCACCUGGACUAUGUGAAGGUGAUGAUGCCUCUGUGGAUGACUCCAGACCAGAGAGGCAAGGGGCUGUACGCGGAUUACCUGUUCAACGCGAUAGCCGGCAACUGGGAGAGGAAGAGGCCGGUGUGGGUGAUGCUGAUGGUCAACUCGCUGACCGAGGCUGAUAUCAGAUCCCGAGGGGUCCCGGUACUCGAUCUCUAUCUGGCUCAGGAGGCCGAGAGGAUGAAGAAAAGGACCGGGGCAGUGGAGCGGGUCGAAGAGCAGUGCCACCCACUAAAUGGGCUCAAUUUCUCCCAGGUCCUCUUUGCUUUAAACCAAACUCUACUGCAACAUGAGAGCCUCCGAGCAGGCAGUUUGCAGGCCCCUUACACAACAGAGGACCUCAUCAAACAUUACAACUGUGGGGACUUAAAUGCUGUCAUCUUCAAUCACGAUACUUCCCAACUGCCUAACUUUAUCAACACCACCCUCCCGCCGCAUGAGCAGGUGACAGCUCAGGAGAUAGACAACUAUUUCCGCCAGGAGUUAAUCUACAAGAGGAAUGAAAGAAUGGGCAAAAGGGUGACAGCUCUUCUGGAGGCAAACCCAGAUAAAAGCUUUUUCUUUGCAUUUGGAGCAGGUCAUUUCCUUGGGAACAACACUGUGAUUGAUGUCUUAAGGCAAGCAGGCUAUGAUGUUGAACACACCCCUGCAGGACAGCCAUUUGAACUGAAAAGGACACAAAAAAGUGGAUUGUCUUCAGGUAGUCCAUCAGUUCCAUCAACGUCUUCCACUUCAGUUGAUGCAUCAUUAGAAGAGUCCUUGCCAGUUCCUUCCCACUCCUCUCCUGUUGUUGAGUUGGAUGAUGAUGUAAUUUCUCCACAUCUCCUGAUGCCGGACAGCCUUAGUCAACUGGAAGAGUUUGGUCGCCAAAAGAAGCGGCAGAAGAAGCUGCCCAAGCAACAGCGGCAGCGACAAUUUAGUGACCUCUGGGUUCGCAUUGAAGAGAGCACAACAGUCAUGCCAUCCAAUAUCAGAAUAAUCAAUGGCUACAUCACAGUGGAACCUGCGCACGAACCUUCACAUCAAAAGGAGCAGUAUCCUGUUCUCAACUCUGCCACAAUGGCCACAGCCCCAUCAGCAACUGUGCUCCUCUGUGGGGUAGUCUGUUUAAUCUGGAGUCUGCUGUGGCCCUCCUGACCCCCCUGCACACGCAACCUUAACCCACAAAGUUCUUUUAAUUUAAGAGAAAAACCCUUAUAUGAAUUUCUGGUAUUAGCUGAUGGAGCUUUUUGCAGUUACAUAAAGGAAGUGCCUGUGCCCUCAGCUUGGUAGACCCAAGACUUGGUUGCAUCAGAUCCAUCAUGUUCUUUGUGAUGAUGCAGGAAAAAGUAAAAUGAGAUUCAGAGGCCCGAACAGCCAUAUGGUGACAGCAUCUUCUUUUUGUAGAAGGAUAUUUUCCCAUGAUGCUAUGGGACAUUGUAAAUUUACUUCUGAAAGUCUAUAUGUUCAUAUGAAUAAUGUAUAUU